ACGAUAUACAAGUGUGUAAAAUUGUGUCCCUUCCCAAGAAAAACUAUGAUUUCUUAAUUUCUUUUUCUAACCAAACUUUGAUAAUUGUUUUUAUUAUGGUAGCAUGGCUCAACAAAUUGGAGAAAACAAUGGAACAAACCAGAUCUGCAGAUCAUGUUGUGAAGAUUGUGAUGGUUUUUUAUCUUUAUACCUUUUGUUUCUUUGUCUUCAUUCCAUUUGUUCUCUUUUUCCAUGCACUAAUUUUGAAUUUUGAACAUCAUCAUUAUCAUCAUCAUCUCUCUAUCCUUUUUCUUUCUUGAUUCUUCUUCCCCUUUGCUUUUUUUUCUUUCCCAAUUCUUCACACUUUAGAUCCCAUAAGGUUUCAUCAAAUUCAGUUGAAUGCACAUGAUUUGUACCCCAAUUGGGUCCAAGGAUAUUAAUCUUUUUUUUUUUUUUUUUUUUUUUUUUUUUUGAUAUUCAGUUGGAUGCACACCAUCUUUUUGUUUAAAUACUAACAAGAAUUUGGCAUAUAGAUUCAUGAAAUUCGUCGAAUUCAGGUGAGAAAUCGGCUUUAAUUUGCGGGUGCGGGUGCAAUUGCUAUGUUGUUAAAGUCUGUUGAGUUUCAUUAGAUGAAUUCUUUGGUAACAAAGUGUUUGUUCUUGAUUGUAAUGGCUUUGAUCAUCAGAAGUCUUUUACUCCCCAACUCCAUUUCGGUUCGUGUGUUUGAAUAUGGCGAAUUCAUACCGGGGAAUAAUGUAAGAAGGAAGUUCUUAGAGGUGCCUCAGAUUGUUUGGGGAUUAAACAAUCAAAAGAUUGCUUUCGCAAGAGCUUGUUUGACUGCUAGAAUGUUAAAUAGAUCUCUUUUAAUGCCUAGUUUAAGCGCGUCUUUGUUUUACAAAGAAAUCGAUCAGUUGCAGCCUAUUUCGUUCGAUAAAGUCUUCAACUUUGAGAGAUUUAAUUCUCUUUGUGAUGGGUUUGUGAGCGUGAGUCGAUAUUCGGAUGUUGGGAAUCGAAGCAACUUAAUCGAGGUUCAAAAGGGUAGUGGUAGGAGAUGGACGCUUGAAAGAGAUCUUGAUCAGUUAAAAGAGUUUAGCAAGCGAGAUUAUGAUGCGUAUGAGACUAUUCGAGUAGUUGGGAAGAACCCAUUUCUAUGGCAUGAUCAUUGGCCCGUUAGCGAUUAUGCAAAGGUGUUUGAAUGUUUGGUUUUAGUAGAUGAAAUCUUAAAAGAAGCAAAUGAGGUCGUGUCGAAGAUUAGAGAGUUUGGAAGUGAAAUAACGCACGAUUCUUUGCAACAAACGCCAUAUGUAGCAAUCCAUAUGAGGAUCGAAAAAGAUUGGAUGAUACAUUGUAAAAAACUAGAACAAAGAUCAAAUGUAUCAAACAUUUGUAGUAGUAAAGAGGAGAUUACAACUAGAGUAGCAAACAUUCCGACCCUAAAACCACCAACAACUCUUUAUCUCGCCGUGGCUAAUGAGCUUCUCGAAGACAAUUCAAUCUUAAACGGUUGGAAAGAAGGCAUGCAUCCGAUUGACAAAAAACGCUUAGGAUUAACCGAUCUUUACAAAAAACAUCCAUAUCUAAUCCAAGCAGCCAUAGACUACGAAGUUUGCUUAAGGGCCAACGUAUUCGUGGGAAACAGCUAUUCCACAUUUUCCAGUCUUUUAGUUCUCGAGAGAACUCAAAAGACGCUCAAAACAAACAUGUCACACCCAUGUGGAAACAACGUCAGAUGGCCAUCGUACGCUUAUAACAUUGAAGGAGAAUCCAACGCUCCACAACUAUGGAUAACAAAUUUAUCCGAUUCAACUUUACAAGCUAUUAGCUACGGUUCGAGUAGUGUCUCUUGUUAAAAAUUAUCCAUCACUAGAAAAACUAGAACAUUUUUUUUUUGUUCAAAGUUUAUUAGUUGUGUCUUACAUGUAUUGUUCAAAUUUCAAAGG